GGAGUGACAGGUAUGAAGUCGUGCGGUAUGUAUAUGUGUGUAUGGUAUCGUAUACGCAAUAAGUACCAUCUGGUUUCUUACGAACUCCAACGAUUGACGGAAGGAAGAGGUCAAGGUCAGGGCUCCGGGUGGUAUCGCAUCACAGGGAUGCAUAGGAGCCUGACUUUCGACGCGUGUCUGGCUCAAGAGCACAAACAGGGACUGAUAGAAAAGAAAAAAGAAAGAGAAGAGAAGCAGAAGCAAUAUAAAGAGGGAACCAUAGACCCAGCGCGGCAUAGAGAAGAGAAAAAUGGGGAAAGGCAUAUAUGAAGCAGAGAAUGGAAGGUGGAAGGUAAACACCCCAGCGAUCGGUAAAUUGAGCGGGGUACAGUGAGCGACGGAGAGUGAGUGUCAGGGUGAAGUAACGUUAGGAAGUCACAAGGAGAGGAGAGGAAAGAGGACAAGCGGAGAACAUAUUAUGAACGAGUGGAUCAGGAUGGGAUAGGGUAACCUUUUUCACGCAAGCUUCGACAUGAACAGCUAAAAGGGAAUCACAAACAACAGGCACGAGACGCCAUCGGGCGCCCAGGAGGCGAUUACACUUCUUCCUCUUCUUCCUCGACAACGUUGUGCAACGGCGCGCCGUGCACAUACCGGUAGGGGCUAUCACGCCCAUCAUCCACCUCCAAGAUCGACGGCGUCAGCUCGCUUUCCGCCGUCAUGACCGACGCGGGCGGCGAUGGGGAACGCGGGGGCGCGGGAGGCAGAGCUGCCUCCUCCUUGGGUGCCGCUCCCUGGGGACGUGGGAUGCGAG